AUGCGUACGUAUAAUUGGCCAAAAUCUCAAGACAAUGCGAGCGUGCACAAUGGUUCUCCUGUAGGGCAAAAUCCUUCCAGACGUGACCGAUCUUUUUCCCCGAUAUCAACGGUUAAGAAUAUUCUCAAAGGUGUUGAAAGCCAUGUGAGGGUGAUGUCUUCUCUGGAAAAUGUAUCAACAUCGUCUAGCUACACCGCGUUGCGUUUGCGUCAUCCUGUGAAUCACACCGCCAAACUUCCAGGCGAUACUCCAACACGACCAACAAGUCCUGAAAGGGAUGCGUCUUCGUCCUGGUCGCGGCCCUUCAACGUAUCUCGAGUUCACCGAGAUUCUACCACCGCAGCGUUCUACGACGAUGUCAUCGCCCCCUGCAUCUCGAACUGCUGCUCUGGUCAAUGCUACCUGUUCAUCGUUUCCGGCCCCCAGGAGAGCGGCCGCAGCCAGACUAUGUACGGUAGUCCACACCGCCGCGAAAAAGGCCUUGUAGAGCUUUCGGCAUUGGACUUUUUAGCACGUAUUUCUGCUUCUGAACGGACUGUUCUCCAGUCUCAGCAACAGCAGGAGCCAGUGAUAAACAAAGGCAAUUUGAAGGGCGGACGAAAAAAUAACGCGGCGGAAAACAAGGAAAACUUAACCGCGGAACUCACUCCCCAGGAUCUCAACACGCGCUCUGAAUAUCCCAGUGGGGGACUUAUGGUAACCUACUCAGCCUUCACAACCCGUGGGCCAAACAUGGUGGACUUAAUUACAGGGGAACCCGUCCCGAUACAUGAGUUUCCACCACCCCUCGGCUCCGUUCCGCUUCCCUACAUGCGCCUUCUCGAGCCAUCGCGUCGAGUUGACCCUGCCGAUCCGAGCCGGAAAGAGUACGACAUCGCGGAUGCGGCUGCGCGGGUGGUGGUCAUCCCGGAGCGCAAGCAUAUUGAGACUUCGUGUAUUAUUCAAUUUCAAGUAUACGCCCCGGUGGACGGCAGCGGUAGGCGAUCCAUGUCCACGUUGACCUUUGUCGACAUGGCCGCCUUCCGCACGCCGCUGUGCGCGGAGGUGGCUCACGUCGUGGAGACGAUCCACCGCGUGGCUGGGCUCUCCGACGAUGGCGACCCUGACUUUAAGCGCCACAAACUCACGACGCUGCUGGAGCCUGCCCUGGUGGGCUACGUCACGCUGGUUUCCAUUAGCACUAUUUGUGGACGCCCGGACUUGUACGAAUCGACCUGUGCGGCCUUGCAGUUCGCAAGCGAUAUCACGCGCAUCCAUCAGGUCUUAAUGCUGCUCCAUUCGCAGACCCCGCGCUGGCUGUUCGACACCGGAGUGAAUUUAGAGCGACUUCGACAGCAACGGGAGGAGAUGAUGCGCGCACAUUAUGCGCGUGGGGUAAGUGACUUUUAUCGUACGGUCUCGAAUUGGCUUCUCAAGAAUAUGAGUAACGUUGGAAAGACACUCGAGGGUAUUUUAGCGGAAACUGGGGUGAUUCGAAAGCAAAUCUCAGCUGAGGUGGAAUCCCAAACUAGAGAACUUGAUAGCCGAAUUCAACAGGAGGAGACAACAUCAAAACAGGAGAUGGAUGCCGCCCGUGAUGCAUACAAUGCAACUUCAGAGCGAUUUGGUGAGGUUCAACGAUUAGAUGAGGCGAUCACUCGACUAGAGCAAGAAAUAUCACACAUAGAUUUAAAAAAUGGUCACCGUAUUGGAGAAAUGCGCAUCGAAAUAUCAUCUUUGGAGGCCAAUAAUAAUAAUCUUCGGCUUGAGGUUCAGCGAAUGGAGAAAGAGAAAAACCUGUAUCACGAUAAGUGGACUGAGGUAUGUUCCAUGCUUGACAAAUAUGCGGAAGAUUUUAACUAUGAUAUGAAGAUCUACACCUCCGCACUCCUUCUCGAGAAGAUUGGUAAAAAACGUAAGAGAUUGGAGGAAGAUUUAGAACUGGCUUCACAAGUAGCUCAUCGACACACCGAUCACCUUCGAGCGGAUCGACAACGACGCUCUCGGCUUUCGCGUAUGAUGGUGAUGCAGCAGCGACUUGAGUCACUUCGUGAAGCAGUGCAGACAGUCUCUGUGGACUCCCCGUGA